GCGGGUGGGCGCAGCCGGUUCAACCAUGAUCGCGACGGGCACCUGUUUCAUGAGAGGCGAGGAAGUGAACGAAGACAGCGCCAUUCAAGGGAUCGUCACCUUUGAGUGGGAUGAAACUGAAGAAGUGCUCAUAAAGGGGAACAUUGAGGGACUGAAACCAGGAAAACAUGGUCUUUAUGUUUCAUCAUCGGGAAAUGUUAGCACUGGCACUGGCAGUUCAGGAGUGCAUUAUAAUCCCUGUGACAAAAAACACGGUGGACCACAAGAUGAUGAGAGGUUACUGAAAAGGAAGAUGACCUGGGUAAAGGUGGAGACGACGAAAGCGUCAUGGGAGGAAAUGCUGGAAAAGGUUUAG